UCGUGUUCUAUCUCUUUCAAAACGCGCUUUAGUGGAUUCCUUUUCUGACAGCGCGCCCGAAAUUUUGCGAACGGACCGAGAAAUGGAUCCAUCGGACUCCUGUCCCGGAGAUGACUUUGGAGAACGAGCGAACACCGAACUAACAGAACCUGAUCCUUCUUUGUCUGACUUCGAGACGGCCCUGGCAGCGUGGCUUGCGUCGGAUGCCCAGAGCGCUCCCAUUCCCGGCCAUGGCGGCUGUGACGACGUCUUCUUCGGCAACACGAUCAAUGUUGAGGCCCAGCAGGAGCAAGAUCUGCGGCAGCUAUGGUCCCGUUUCUUGUACUCCUACUCCGACCAGCACAGAGGGGUUGAGCAAGCGGUGACCGCGGCUAAUGAGCAUUGCAUUGACGGCCAAGCAGAGUCCGGGGUCUCUGGCAUCCACUGUCGCAACACCAGAUCCGGCGGCGCCGAGGGGGUGAACUCGAGCCAGCAGGUCAGCUCUGGCUCUUUCAACCAUCGGAAAGAUGAGCUUGAUCGCUUCAGGAAACAGAAUCAACAGGAACAUAGCUCGAUCAAUCACAAAUCGAGUCAGGGAGCAUCUUGCUCGAUGUUGCCGGAAGCAACCGGCGACGAAGAUGAAAUCCAAUCUACUUCUGAUGCUAAAAUCGAUGCAGAGGGGCUCGAGCCCGACCUUGGGCCGCCGAGCGUGGGGAUGACCUUCUGUUCAGAAAAGGCAGCAUAUGAUUUUUACUCCAAUUUUGCUAAAAAAGCCGGUUUCCGUGUGAGAAGGGGAAAAGCAGAUUACUUGGGAUCAGACAAGUCUGUCAUCAAGUCGAAGUGCUUCUUAUGUUCUUGCCAAGGGUACAAGUCCAAAGAGCAGAUCGAAAAGCCAACGCGGUAUAAAAGACAAGACACUAGAACAGGUUGUGAGGCUAUGAUCAAGUGCACGGUAAAUGAUGGAACGUGGACGAUCUCAAGGGUCGUUCUUACGCAUAAUCAUGAUCUCAAGGGAUGUCUCACUGGCGUCCAAGGGAGAGUGGAAGGUUCGCAUGCGACCACGUCUCUUUCGACAGGCAAGAUUGCGGAUGAAGUUACGACAGCCGGAGAGCGGGCUUUUGUUUCCAAUGUGAAUCACAGUGAUGUCUCGCAAGGCACAUGGCAAAGUCACCCAAUGCCUGAGUUUGAUGAUACUCAGGACUUAAUUGGUUACUUCAAGACCAUGCAGAUCGCAGACCCUCUCUUUUUUCACACGGAGCAAGUAGAAGCGGCACAGGGCAUGGCAAAUUUUUUCUGGAGGGAUAGCCGGUCCAAGGUCGAUUACGUGCAUUUCGGGGAUGUUCUGGUCCUAGACACAAGAACAAGGAUUAACAAGUUUGACAUGAUAUGUGCAGCAUUUUGGGGACUUAAUCAUCACCGGCAGCGCAUCAUAUUUGGAUGCGCUGUGUUGGUCAAUCAAACCGUGGGUUCGUUCAAUUGGUUGCUCCGGAGUUUCCUUAAAGCAAUGAGUUGGCAGCAACCACGGACAAUCAUUACUGAUGUGAGCGAAGAAAUCGCCAAUGCUUUAAUGGUUGUCUUGCCAGACACCCGCCAUUGUCUGCCCGCUUGGUCUAUCUUGAACAGUUUCAAUAAGUACCUGUCUCCUUUGCCUGAUCAACCUGGUCUUGAUGACCUCUUUGGCGAGUGCGUCCUUCAUGUCCAUUCGCAGGAAGAGUUCGAGUCAAAGUGGAAUUCCUUUAUAACAAAGUCCAAGCUGCAUGAAGACACGUGGCUUGCUUCUUUGUAUCGAACGCGCGAGAAAUGGUCUCACGCGUUCACAAAAAACGUGUUCUCUGCCGGCCUACUCUCGAUUAAACACAAUGAAAAUGCACGUGCUUUCGGGAAUCUCUCCUGCGAGACAAUGACAUUGUCCCAAAUUGCAUUCCGGUGUGGAGAGGCGGCCAAGAACAUGCGCGGGGAAGAAUUGAAGGAAGACAGGCGCUGCGAGAAAGACAUGGAGAAUUUGAAAUCCAGGAUUCCGAUGAUGAAACAAGCGAAACGCUUGUAUACUCGACCGAUCUUCGAGAUGUUCAAAGAGGAGUUGAUCAAUAGCCUAUCUCUAGUAAUCGAAGAAAGCGGGCCCACAGCAACUCUUUGUAAGUUUAAGUUGACUGAAGAAGGCAGCACGGAAACAGACACUGUGGAGUUUGAUCCUUCCAAUUUGACGCUAGCAUGUAGUUGUGGGAAGUUUGAGUCAGUCGGUAUUUUAUGUUUUCAUGCAUUGAAAGUACUCAACUUCAAGAAAAUAUUCAAGAUACCGUCUCGCUACUUAAUGAAACGUUGGACAAAAUCUGCCAGGGACAGCCUGCCGGUGGAUGCCCCCAACGCAGGGAUUGCACGUGACGGAAAUCCAUUUUACGGUGAGUUUUUGCAAAAGGCUUCGCAUGUUGCACAUACAUGUACAACUCAGAAGAGGAAAAGAAUAGCUUUGACGGCCAUAUAUUUGACAAUGGAGUACAUUGCAAAGGCUCCGAGAACGGAAGAAAUUGCAGUCGCCGUUGAAGAUUCAGAUGGUAACGAGGAUAUGGGUCAGACUAAUUUGAGAUCAUGCUCUUGAAAACACAACUCGACCAAGAGAAUGUAGACAGGAUAAACUGGACAAUCGAACAGAGGAUUGACCCAAUCACGUCCAAAAGAUGCCUAUGUACGAGCUCAGAUGACUCCUAACAUCCACAUUUGACCGGCGUUCGGAACAUGCAGAUUGACAUGAAAGAGGUAAUCGGCGUAUCGAUGUUUAGGGCAGCAGACGGUGCAUGAAUUCAAUAGCCAAUCAUCCAGUUUCAGAGUUCUGUUUUUGGGCUGCUCUCAACAAAUCAUUCAACUUCUGUUGCGACCUUCCUGAUCUUACUUCAUUAAGGUGUCUCAUUUAAAUUAUGCUAUUUAUCUUUGCUUUAGGAGUCUCUGCUAAUGUAUUAUGAGCCGAUUAGAGGCCAAGCAAGACACGAGACUUCCACGAAGAAGAGAUUCGUGAGUUCGGAGACUGGAUUAUGCUAGAUAUAUCUAAUGCCCA